AUGCCUCGACUCGGCGUGAACCUGUCUGACGCAGUAAGAUUGUACAGUCAGCAUGCAGACGUGAGCUAUGAACGCUAUUUUUUCGAGAAUUUUUUCUUGGAUAUUUUAGGGAUUUCGUAUCAUCUUGAGAUCCAGGCGCUAUGUGUUUUCUCUGCUCAUCAUCUUUUCUGAGAUCAAGCAUAAAUCAGUUCUUCUUCAAUCUUAGUAUUUGCAAAAAAAGUUUAACCAUUGAUAUACCCAUUCUGCAGACGCAGAAUUGAAAGAAUAGCUACGGUGCAAAUUUUAUUGAUUCAAGUUUCAUCCUGAAUAACUUUUUCUAUAAUUAAUUUGACCGAAGAGUGCGCAAGUUUGCUUCCAACUUACUUUUUCCACGAAAAGAUGGCCAUUUCACCGGCACUCGAGCAGGUACGGCACCCACGACCUCAACCAAAACUUUCGUUUGUUGCCCCGGGACAGAAAGAAACGCUGUGAAAAACCGGUUGUUUUCUCGUGGCAGCGCUGCCGCUUUCACCCAAGUGCACGGAGAUAAAAUCGAAGAAUCGCAAUGGCAUUCGACCUGCGGGAAACGCGACGAGACAGAACGAGGUUCUGCCAUUGGCGUCGUCGUUUUUUUCUGCGCCUCCAACUAGUUCUGAUUUGCGCCAAGGCAAGGCGAGGUCGUGUUCUUGAUCGUCGAGGUAGUAGGCGGCUCACUUCGGUUCACAGACGCCGCCUUUGUUCGUUCAGUUUCCUCUCUCAGAGCUUUCCUUGUCUGUUCUCCGCAGUUUCCAUGUUUCUUUGAUUUUUUCUUCCUUGUUAAACUCUGGAUACAAUUCUUCUAUGAGUUUGAUUUUUUUUUAUGAUUUAACCCUCAAGUAUUUUAAAUUCCAGCUUCGAGCUUGACUUUAUCUGAAUUACUAGUUCAAGAUCAGGCGAGCUCAAUUUUACUUUCGAUACAAAGUUCAAUGUUUGCUGUUCAAAACUGAGUGAUAGUUUUCUAAUUGUUUUUUUAUCUUUGUGUUCAUAAUGGAUAACUUUCGCUCGUCAUUGUAGAGUUUAGGUUUUUCAUUAGUGAAAAGAAAUAUAAAUGAUGAAAAGCAUGUUCAUGAGCCAUUUACCCCUUCAACCCAUUUACAACUUUUCUGCAGAAGCCCUCUGUCCUUCAUUCUUCGUCUUCUUUUCUAUAAGUGGUAGUUCAUCGGAAAUGAUGCCUUCGGUUUAAAACUAUAAAAAAAAACGCGGCGGCGCCAGGUGGAAGCCUCCAGAACGUCGAUUGCGCCAUCGGUGACGGAAAAGGCGACGCUCACGCGGAAGCUAGUUUCGCUUCGUCUGCACUUUUCGCUCUUGCCGUUCAGAUCUCGGCUGUUUGCUCUCGUCUUUUUUCUAUUCCGCAAGCCGCAUGCGCCAUCCGCGUGGCGUCUUUCCGCGUGCGUGUUUGUCGCUUUUUUUUUGCUAUCGGCGCUCUCUUCUUCAUCUGCCGAACAUUUCGGAUGAGCUUGUACGUUAACUGUAUGAUUUUGCGUCUUUGCAAAAACUUCACGAAAUAGUUCAGUCCAGUUAGUUUCAAGUAAAGAUAAUCAAGUUUGGCUCGAAGCGUUGGCUUAAAAAACAAUUGAAGUUGGAUCACUUCAAUUUUAUUUAGUGGACCGUUAGUCUAAAGGUCUUUAUAUAUAUAUAUAUAAUUGAACUGGAACUUGUUUCCGUAAUUGAAGUCCUAUAUCGGAUUUACUUGCUAAAUGUUUACUUUCCAAGGGGAUUUCACCAACCGAUUUUUCUUUGUUUUUAACCCUGGUAAAAGCUUUCAUUUUGAUCUUUAAGACUGCCACUUAGAGUUUGAUGGUCGUCGGCCCAUUCCCUCGUGACUUUUAUCGAACUUACUUUUCGUUUCGAACUUGAAAAUCAUUCUUAUAAUGGAUAGAGGAAGGAAAAAUAUUGAUGAUUGAAUAAUGAUUAUUUGUAAUUAUGGAAAAAUGGCUUCUCACAGCCUUACCCAUUGCAUAUAAAAAUUCUAGAUGGCUGCAUUGAAUGCCUUCGGCUAUACAGUUGUCGUAUAUAAAACAAGAGGAUAUCCAUCGAAAAAAAUAUUUGAGCAGGCAGGUUGAGCUUGAAACACGCGAGUGGGUCGUGGGUGGCGCUGAAAGUGUCGCAACUCAACCACGAGUCAUUCUGUCUCGCCGUUUUUCGAGGAACAUUUCGCAGCUGUUGGCGGCUGGAUAUCAAGAGACAGACGCUCUUCUUCUCCACUUUUUUCCGUUUCUUCCUCGGCUCGACGUAUUCCUGGCAAUGCCUCAGUUUGCUACAAUGCAUGAUUUUUUGAGAACCAACAGCUUAAAGAUCUAGGAAAAGGAGUCGACUGACCUAAACUUUGAAAAAAUGAAAUAAAAGGCAAAAAAUUUUUUUCAGUUCGAAGUGCUUUCUAUUUUGACAGUUUUUUUUUCGAUGAAUAACUUGAAAAAAAUUUUUUAAUUGAAAAUUGAGAUAGGCUGCUUAAGAAAAACUAUUUGAAAGACAAACCCGGUCGUUCGGAACUUUAUUUUUUAAAAUUUUUGAGUUGUACCUUUAUUUUUCUCUCUUUUUUCACGUCAUAACCGAUUUCGUAUCGAUUUUUGAUGGACACUUUUGCCAACCACGUUCAGAAUUCUUUCGUACAGAAGGUUGGCGGUUCGCCAGGAGCCGAUUUUGAGAAGAUCAGAAGCUGCAAUUUAUCCAUAUUCUCACGUUGAAUAGAAGCUACAGGCUGAAGACAGUUCGAAAGUGGUUCAACAGGUGAACUCGGUUUAAAAAAAAAGAAAAAGUUUUAAUUAACUACGAGUGGUUUUUACUUCUUCUAUUCAAUCUUUUUCCAAUUUUUUUUUGAAACAGUCCAGUAAAAUAAGUGAAGCGUUUAAAAUUUCACGCAAAACUGGACAAAUCUCGAACUAUGGAACUUGCCGCUCAUGUAUGACUAUGGGAGAGAGCUGCUUAAUUACGAAUGAACCCGAUUUCAGUCGCAAUGCGGCCUUUUACGCUCGUUUUAACUUGGGGCAACGUUUACAGUACAUUUCAUUUAUAACUUUUUGUGCGGUUUCAUAAGAGUUUUUUAAGAUGUUCGAACUGGGAAUGGGCCUCGGCGGCGGCCGAAAGCUGUUCGACGCGAGUCUGACGUCAUCUUUGGGGGGCUCGGGCGACAGCUCGUCGUCCGGAUCGCCUCCGAACUCCUUCGACCACGGAGGCGCUUCGCUCGACCGUCCUUCCUGGCUUUUUGGCGUCAGUUUCCUUUUUUUUUUUUGUUUGAACGUUUAUUGCUUUUCCAUUUUUAGUUUAUGGCCUGCAUUUCAAAAAUACCUUUGUUAUUUUUUGCCGGGGGAAGUAGAAUCCAAAAUAUCAUUGUUCAAUGUAAUUUAUAUAACUCAUAACUCUUUUCACAAGCCGUCUUUGAGUCUUUGGGAGCUUCCCAGUUGUAAACACGAAUGGCGGAACAGAUUCAUUUCUUGAAAUACCAUUACGCUGUCUCUCCAGAGACCUUUUUCGCUUUUUCGGAACAUUCUCAUCCGUAUCUCUUUUUACACUCUUCAAGUCACCAUUGAAUGGUCUUUAAAUUUGCUCUACAAGCUUGGAUUAAAUUGGAAUUUUUUUUUCUUCGCAGUUAUUCACAUAUUUCACUGAAGUUCAAAUUUUUUCGAUAUAGACAAAAAUGGCGGUGAGUCGCUUCCGCUUUUUCAAGCCGACCGUGGCCAAAUUCGUUUUUCCAAAUCCCGACACUCGGCUAUUUUGUUGUUUUGGCACGCUUUUCUGGCACGGCUCGCUAUUCAUAUUCGAAUAUGCCUUUAAAUAAUGUAGCACACUUCUUCAUUUAACUUUCUUUCAUUCGAUUUUCCGUUUUAUUUCAACCGUGAAGUGAGUUAAAUAGUACCAAUGAUGAAAAUGUACAGCUUAUUGUUUUUAUUUUUGUCAUUUUCUGUUGUUGAAUGCUAUCAUUGAUGUUCUCUUUCUACGUUUUCCUGAGCGACUUCGAUAAGAGGAUUUUUGAACGGUAAAUAACUGUGGGAGAGACUGUUCACGCAAAUUGGGUUGUCUUCUGAAUCGCCGACUUUUCAACAAUGGACCAAAUCAAGCGAUUCGAGUAGCCGGCCACUUUGUUCCACCUGCACCACGCCAUUUUCGAGCCCUCAAUUUACAUAAAAUCUACAGAGAAUUUUAUUCUGGUGUUCUUUUUCCCGUGUCUCUGGUAAACCCGUUUUGGCACGAUAUUUUUAAGUGCAGAAAAGUUUCAGUAUUUCUCUUACUUUUUUUGUACUUCCGUGUGUAUUUUCGAUUCUUUAUUACUUUGGCUUUCGAGCGAUACGAUUUUCUUAUUUCAUCUUCUAACUAAUGUAGCGCCGUCUGAGAAACUUAUCAAUAUUUUUGAAUCUAGAAGACUUUCUUUGUGAGACAAGCUAAAUGCAGACGAUCGCGGCCUUUUCCGUUGUAAUCUUGAAUCCCAAUGGCGUUCAAUCAGCUGCUCCGUUCGGCUGUGUUGAGCCUCACACUGUGGUAAUAGCUGUUUCGCCUUUUCUUUAGUUCCGACUGCACUCAAGUCUUUUCUUCACUUUUCGCUUUUUAUUUCAGUUUAUCUCAGUUCUAAGAAGCUUAAAAAUACUGAAAAAAUUUCUUUAAAAAAAAAUAAAACUUCGUUAAGUUCUUAAUUUCUUCUUUUUUUUUGUAUUUUAAACUUCUGUUUUCGAACUUUCAACACUGCUCAUAGGAAAAAUUUCUUCCAAAAAAAAGCAGGAACUUCAGAGUUAAAUGGCAACUGUUGAGUUUUGUUUAGUUGGCGUCACACGCGAGACGAAAAAACGAGCUCAAAUAUUUGCACUGUGUGAUGCUUUCACCUGGGGCCGUACGAUUUGCCGCUUUUUGUGCCAGAACCCACAUCAAAGCCAUUUCGGUGACACGGAUAAAUCUCUUUUUUUUCAAGCAUUUGAGUGAAUUCGAAGGGGCUCCGUCAUUUGUAGUCAAUCCAUCCCGACUUUGAAGGCGAGAGAGAGAGAGAAGUGCGCGGGACGCGUAGCGUGUGCGUACGCGCCUCUUGGCACGAUUCAACCGCCAGCGACUAUUUAGAGAGCUCUUUUCAUUCCCUUUUUUUAUAUAUAUUUUUUUCAUUUUUUUGAAUAAAAAAAUAGUAGGAUAUAACCAAAAAAAAAGCGGUGACCAAGCUUUUCAAAUAGUCGGUGGUGCUUAAAUUGAACUCGUGCCAAGAACCGCGUACGCACACGCUACGCGUCCCGCGCACUUCUCUCUCUCUCUCGCCUUCAAAGUCGGGAUGGAUUGACUAUACACAGGAUCGUCCCAUUUUUUGUCAAAUGGCGUUGCAUAAAUUAAGUUUGAGGUGUAAGGGUAGGUUGUUCAAAGUUUCUCAAAAGCUCAGGAAGACGCGUUUUAUGAAUUUCAUUAAAUGCGUACAAUUGAAAAAACAUUUUUCUAUAGAAUUACUCGAAAAUCCUUCUUGGGAGGUAGAAAGGGGGUCAUAUAAGAGAUUCGUUUAAAGCUUUUUUGGAUACUGAAGUUUUCAAACGCCUAUACUUUGGUAGUAUAGAUGUUUGGGUGAUAGAUGAUCAAAGAUUUCUGAAGUUGGAAGAGUUUUGGAGAAAAGAUUAUGUAUAAUUCUUGGAAAAGCCUAAUUUCCUAUUGCUUCUAAGAUCAAUGUUCUCAGAGGUGAUCAGACGAUGAGCCGUGGUGUUCGAUUGGCCCGAAAGAGCCCAUAGGUGUUAUAGAGAACGGCGAGUAUUUGCAAAUUGGCGGAGACGAGAGAUAAUGUGCCGGCGGGUGAAGCCGGUUCCGCCGGCUCGUCUGCAGCACCGAUGUAAGUGCCUGUGUCCGGAAUGGUCGCUGCCUUCCUCCUUGCCCAACCUCGGCUUGCAUUCCAUCAUCCCCUGGCAUUUCUACAACACUUUUUGUUCAUUUUUUUGCUAUCGACUGUCUUUUAAUUUUCUGCUGCUUUUCUCAUCAAUCUAUAGUUUACUUCAUAAUCAGAAGUUAGAUCGCAUAGAUUAGACAUUUUUUUUCCUUUUUCCAAAAUAAACCAAAAUCCCUUGUUUACCAUUUGUUGGCGCUGUAAUUGGCUUUUUGAUAUCUUUCCUAGACAUCGGUCUGGGAGAUUUUUCUGAAAACACGUCUAUCCUUUGUGUAUUCCACAAAGGGCAAUUACUGUUUCAAUGAACAUCCAUUCAGUUUAAUAGAGAUUUCGCGCCAAUGUUCCGCACACUACGUGACAUCAUCCAAAAAGCCCUUGAUCUCUGCCAACGAUCCCCGAACAAGGGAAAGUCGUCGUUGCACAAGCGUUUUCGCGCGGCCCACUUUCACUGGCCUUCAAAACGUCAUGCGGUCUGGCACACAGUCAGCUGGCAUUGUCAAGGUCAGCAUUGUCAACUCCUGACCCUUUGGAAACAUUUUGGUGGAAGUUGGCAGACCAAGUGAAAGCGAGAGUGACGGUGUUUCCACCCAAGUUUCGUUUCACUCCAUGCUCUUCUACCGUGUCUUGCCGUCUACUCACGCCCGUUUUUUUUGUUUGCGUGAUCACGCGGCCGCGCGGCAGCAGCUGUUGUUAACCUCGCGGCAGACUGUCACCAACUUUCUUCCAAUUCCAACGAGUCUCGAUGACGGCGUUUUGACUCCACACAUGUCACUAGACAACUAUCAUCAGUCCUUCCUCAAGGUUCGUUCGAGAAUCUAAGCACGAGAGCCUCCACAUCAUUCGAAUUUGUCUUGAGCCAAUUACAACGCAUUAGAAUUUAAAGAAAAAAAAACCUGGUUUUGAUAUGAUAAAGAAAUAAUUUCAGCUCACAGUGGGACUUCUGUAAGAGACAGGGUCCACUAGAUUGAGUUUUUUACGCUGAUUCCAAGUUUUUCCUUAGAAUUUGCAAAAGAAGAUUUCUAUUCCGUUCAGUAAUUUUUGCACUACUUUUUAUGGUGGAAGUCUAGCGGUUGAUUAUUUGUACCUUUCCUGGGUCACAUUUUGGAUGUUCGUUAUUGAGACGCGAGGUCUUCCGAAGCAGAGUCUCUUCCCACAUUUCUGCCAACGUUUUCCUCACAACUUUGCCGCCUUUGUCUGCUCUGCCGCUUUGUCACCCCCGCAUUCGACGGCUGCUCAUUUCUUCUCUUUCGGUGCCAUUUUUGUUGUAAAGAAUUUUUGUACUAUAUUUUCUCUUUCGAUUCCUACUGGUCGAGAAAAACUUUACAAACUUCUAAAUGAAAUCGAAGGUUUUUUUUUCUUUUGUGACAUAAUUUGUCAAGCGUAACCACUUUACUUGCAACUCGAUUUAUGGUUUGAGAACAGUAUAGCGGAAAAAAAAGUGAAAUGCCAUGGAUGAUCGAAAGCGAAGUCGAAGGGGAAAGCGGCAGAACCAGUUGGACGCCGCCGUCGUUGCGUAAUGGUACAAGGAGGCUUUCUCUGCUUUUCCCUUCUUUUCUUGAUCUUCCGCGUACGAAACACUGUCUUUCCCCUAGUAAUUUGUCAAUCUUAGAUCCAGGGAGUCUUAUCCUUUUAAGUCGUUUUUUGAAACUCUCAAAGAGUUUGAAUUAGUCAAUUUCACUUUUUCCAAUCUGAGAAGAAGAAAAAAAAAGCAAAAAGACAAAUGGCCGCACUAAAACAGAUAGUCUUGAGAAUUGAAACUUGAGCCGCAGAAGUGAGCGGCUCGAUUUCCGUCGCUUUGCCAAAAACAUUAUCGUCUGUUUCUUUUGUCUCAUGAAACUCUUAUCUAUUUUCUCGCGAUGGCUCCCUCUUUGUAUCGUCGUUUUUGCGACGGUUUUUGCAACAAAAACACAGCCGUUUUGGCGCCGUGGCCAAGGCAUUUGCCGCCAAAACAACGACAUUUGGACCCAUGUGACUGGGUCCAUCAGAAUGUAUACACGCGGCUCCGAAGUCAGCUGUUUUGUCGCUGAGCCGUCUACGAGCACGUGUCUGAAGCUUUUCAAUUUUGUUGAACUAUUCAGUGCGAAUUUAUCUUCCCGUUCAUAGUAGUUCUUGUUGGGAACCUUUGAGAUAUAUUUUUAUCUUUUUUCAUUGAAUCAAAAGUAAUUUUUUUCUUUUUCACUUUAUGCUCUCAUUUUCACCUCAUUAAAAUAUGUCAGCUGCUCCAAGGACGAUGAUAUAAAACAUUUUUAGUGUCUGGCCUUGAUAAUCGAACCGUUCUGUGAAUGAUCGCAAUGAUCUUUUGGCUUUUUUUCAAACUGCUUAGUUCUGGAAUUUUCAGAAUUUAGAGUAAUCUUUUUUUUUUCUCGUGGGGAAAGGUUGUUCAAUAUUUUUCACUUUUUUUUCCCAGAGGACAUCUCUAAUCCGCUAAUUUCGUUUUUUGAAGUUCCCCUCGGCGAAUUUUGAAGAAGUAGAAAAACCUCUUUGGAAUUUUCGUCAUAUGGAAUAGGUUUUGUUUCACAAGUCGAUGCUAAUAGAACGAAGUUUCGCGGUUUUUUUAUUUUCUGACGGGUCUACCUGUAUUUUUUUUCUCAGAAAAUCUCCUCGAAAAGUGUCUUAAUGAAAACUUUUCAGCUUCCGAGUAGACUUGAAUCUACAAAAAACUUGAAUCACUUGAUUAUCGUAAAUCUAACCCGCUUUGAGCCUUCACAAAACCAUUCAGACCGUUCCAAACGAGUUUAAGACUUAUUUUAUUUUCAUAUUGGUAGUUAACAGGACUUCGUUUUUUUUUUUUCUUUGCCCAAGAGCUUCGACUGACUUCAAUUUUCUUGUCCUAUAUAACAUGAAAAACUGUAGCUUUGAGUUUACAUGAACAAGUGAUGAAUUUCAGAGUCUCUACGGCUCGAACAGUGGCGGAGCCCCUGGAACGACGCCGACGGACGCGCUUUCGUCGCUGUUGGACCCCUUCGCCAACGUGUCGCCCAUCGGCACCUUCUCGGCCGGUGACGUCAUGACCGGCGAGCCGCGCAACUUCACCAUCGGACAGCUCACCGGGGUCCCUUACAAGCACGCCGACAGGUGACUUUCUCCUUCAGAAAUUGCUCUUUAAACAUUUUUUCCGAUUCUUUUCAAAAAGUCCGAGUUGAGGCCAUGUCCUGGUAAUUUUUCUUUUUCACUAUUUAUAGCUUUUUAAACUUUUAAAUGUAUCAAAAAUGUUGUGCAUUUUAUUCUGAAUUAUUGAAGCUCGAAUGACUGGUUAGUAUAGCGAACUUACUAAUCAAUAUCAUCUUUGAAGGAGUUUCAUCAUUUGUUUACUUGUCAAUUUCAGCAAGACCACUAAAUUAAAGAAAGCAGUUUCGAAAAAGUUCGCUCCAAAAUUACUGGAUUUUCAGACAGCCGAUCCGAAACACCUCAUACAGCUCGAGCAACCUCUUCAGCGAAUUCUCAAAUCCUCUCGGUGCUCCAGGAACUCCCAUCGGUUAGUUCUUUUUUCUCUUUUCUUGUCAGAACUCUGGAACUUUUUUCCAGUUCGUAUCGCCGGCCUAGACGAGAGUUGCCUAGCAUAUGUUGUAGAAACACAAAAUUUUUCUUCCUCUCUCUUUCGUUUACUCUUGCUUUCCUUCGUUUUUUUCUAUUUCUUCACGUUUCUCCUCCGCAUUGAAAGUUCCAAGAAUUUUUUCUCGCUAUUUGUUGUAGUUGUGUCAACAGAAGCGCUCGCUUUCUGCACGCUGAAGUUGGCCAGGCUCGAGCAGUACGGCGUCGAGGCGAAAAAGGUCGCGAAAGCAUCGGAAUUGCAUGUGCAUGAAUUUCGGAGGCUCGUCCAACUUUCCCUCCACCAGCACCGCCGCUGUUAGCCCAACGAGCAAUUUGCUCAUUUUAUGGCCGCUUUUUGACUUGUUUCACUUGCGCGCUGACCCUUUUCCUAAUUAUUCACGGACCGCUGUGACUACAAUCUAAAUCUAUGUUCGAAGUAAUUCUCAAAAGCUCAAUUUGUACUAUUUCUUUUCAUUCCGGUUUUCCCCAAAAUAUAUAAUUUUGCUAUUGUUGAUUUGAUUUUUUUUUUUUUUUAUCAAAAUGAAAACGAUUCAUUACUGCUGUGAGACGAAAAACGUCGAGCGGAAGUGAAGAAAUUUCCUCGCGAGACGCCAAGUUUGAUGAGAAUGGAUUGAAGCUCUUCCUGUUUAAAUUUUGGAAGAAAAGUAUUUUUCAGGAUCGAUGUCGCCUGCUGUGGGCGUCCAGUCGUUCGGCGCGUCGACUCCUUCUUCCAACACUCCAACGAACACUUCGGGAAACGUUCCACCACCCAAAAAUCCCAAACUUUACAAGGUAUACUCUACGAAAUGCUCUUCUUUUUUUUUCGAUUCUAGCAAUUUGAGAGAUGAUCAAGUGCUAAAUCAUCUUUUUUGUUUUCAAAAAUAGUGUUUUACUUCUUCUAGGGUUGCAAAUAUUUCAUGAAAAUUUACUAAGAACUGAAAAACUUUUCUUGCUUCGCCAAUCUUAUCGCAUUUGGAAUAGCUCGGGAUUUUGCUGCGCCAGCCGAUUUCACAUUGAGCAGCUAGCUGGUAUUAGUUCCGAUGAAAAUUUUUCGCAUUGCUUAGGAGGAGAGCCAUUUCAAGGUUGAACAUCCAAGAACUAUUCGAUUACUGAAUGAAGUCCAACAUUUUUCAGACCGAACUUUGCCGUUCUUGGAUGGACCAUGGACGGUGUAAUUAUGGAGAGAGGUAAGCCUAUUCUCAUUUUAUGCUGCUGUCGAUGAUUUUUCUAAAUUUCUAGAGAUAAUUCUACUAAGUUCGUAAUAAGAAGUGUUACAUAAUCGUCUGCCGAACUUUUAGUUUUUCUCGAGUUUUUACUGACUAACUGAAUUCAUUAGGUGUCAGUACGCUCACGGAGAAACGGAGAAGCGACCGAUUCCGCGACAUCCCAAGUACAAAACGGAAGCUUGUCAGUCGUUCCAUCAGACUGGCUACUGCCCUUAUGGACCUCGGUGUCAUUUCAUCCACAAGUCAGUUCUCUCUUCGCCUUUUCAUCAAUAAUAUGUUCUAUUUAUGUUGGUCUUCAAUGGAACGACGUUUUUGAAUUAAUUAAAAAAAAUGUCCAAUGCAAAACUAGGAAUGAACUUAAUAGACAGCUCGAGAAGAAAAGGGACUAACUAUCUUAGAACCUUUUUAAAGCCUCAAGAACUUUUUUUCCAAGAUCACCAAUAACUGAUAAUAGGAAGUGCAAUUCGAUAGAAAGAAAGACCAAGGAUGAAUAAAAUCAUUUUUAUUCGAGUAUGUCAAGAAAGACAAGUAUGGAAAUAACUGCAAAAAGCGAACUGUCUUCAGUGAGACCGAGCUCCUGACGAAUGCGCAGAGCCGUCAGCCGUCAUCUCAAAGUACGCCUUCUGCCGCCCCCAACCAGAGCUCUCUUUUCUCCAACCUCGGCAGCCGUUCCCAGAUUUCUGCUGGUAAGAUUCUACCGUGCUACCGAGUACAGAAAGCGAGUUUCAGUGCCGAGCUCGGUCCUGCAACGCGUCUACUCGCUUCCCGGCUACGGCAGUGCCGGAGAGUCACCGGCAGGCAGCUCCAACGACAGCGGCAGUGAAUCGCCCAACGGAAGCUUUUCGCCGGGUCUCGAGCUCGAGGACAACGGUCAGCUAUUUCCUAUGAGUUUUCGGGCAUACGUAAGUCUAGCACCGAAAUUUUUACUGGGAGAUCUUCCCUAACUAAGUUUUGAGAAAGAGUUUAUGUUAGAAAGCGUGAUAUCAAACUCCGAACUAUGUUUGAUUUUUUUCCAUGAGUUUGUAGAACUUUGUCAAAAGCCUUUUCAUGAAUGAAUUGCUCAAAAUUUUCAUAAAUUUAAUUCCAGAAGAUAAGUUCAUUAGUGAAAAUAAUCAUAUUUGAAAAAUACUGAGCUUUUUUUCAAAGUAACCAAACUGAGCCCCUUAAACUUCUACCAUACAGCCUUCGAUGAAAUUUUUUUAUCUCUGAAUAAUUUUUUUAGGAAAAAAAAUAAUAGAAAAAAACUUCUGUAUGUAACUUAGGGCCACAACUUGAAAUAGUCCGAUUAAUUUUGGUUGCUAUUUUUUUUUUGGGACAUUUCAGUGAGAAAAACGAAGCGCAGGCGAGUCCAAGUCAUUGAUUUUGGACGUCCAUCAAAAUUUUUAAGAAAAGAAAAAGUCCUUUUGUUAUUGACAAUAGAAACGGACCUUAAAAUCAGAGCUGGUUUACCUUACAAGAGAAUGAAAUUUAAGGUCCUUUCACUGUGGGCUUCAUGUCGACUCCACAAAAAACACGAAGUCAGCCACCAACUCAGCAAGCACAACGCUACCUGGCCUACGAACAGGCGAAACCGUACGUCGCUUCUCGGUCCGAAGAGAAACCUCGGGCUACUCUCAGGAUGAACGAGACGCAGAUGAGCAGCCUGCUAGGCGACGUCAUCGGCUGGAGCCUCGAGGACUCCUUGUCCAACAAAUGGGAAGACGCGACGCCCGGGAGACUCCCGGUUUUCGCUCAGCUCAGUAACCCCCAAUGAAUUUCCGACUGCUGUGUGAAUCUUGUAUAGACUUGUAGAAAAACUUAGUCGUUGUGAAAUACCGCUAGAUGUUCAACAUAUUCUCGCUAGCUUGCAAUGAUGUCGAAAAGCAUUUUUUUAUCUGAUUUCACCUUUUUUCCUUCUAUUGUCAAUUUCUAUUUAGCUUUUCUCCGCAUGUUUCGGAUUGAUUGAAACACCUUGAACUUUCAUGUAGAACUGAUAAUCUCCGUGCCUCUGUGUAUUUAUACUUCGAAACUGUGCCUUAAACAUCCCUAGCACCGACCUUCACCUAUGUACUUAAAACCGCCCCUAAUAGUUCCACCGUCUAGAUUUUUUACUUAUAAAAGCCUUUAACUUAUUCCCUACUACAUAUUCCACAAGUCCAGUUGUUUUUCAUAUUUUUAUUAAUUUAUUUUCAUCGAGAUAAAGUACACAUCCCACAGAAUCUUUCCAAAACUCGGCUGCUGUUCUUUCUUUUUACCGACUUUGAUCUGAAACCUAGGCUCGAGGCUUUUUCUCACCUCCUUUCAUUUUUCGACAUUUUUCUCGGAGGUGAGGAGAGGUCCCGGCGGAUUAUAGCUAGCUUAUAAGCCAUUUGUCGCUUUACCCUGUUGAUUUAGUGUCUUGCUCCUAGCUUCUUCCGGAAUUUGAUGAAACCCGAUGACUUUUCUGAAAAUCUUUUGAUGCAUAUUUCUUUUCUUUGUAACUUAGCUUCGUGUUGUUAAUCAAAGUGUUUUUAUUUGAAGGAAGGUUUCUCCUUUCAUAUUUUUUAUUCUAUUAUUUCCGCUAAUAAUUUUGAUUCGUUAUAAUAAGUUUUUGAAAGUAUCAAACCGGUUAAAUAUUCUUUAACCUUUUUUUCUUUUUCCUUCUUUUCGAAUUUUUUUUCUUUCUGUUUCCGCGGUUCAAUGCAUUUAGCCUUUUUUUAAAGAAUAAAGUUUGAUGUUAACUUUUUUAAUCAUUCGAAUGUUUUUUUUCAUCUAUUUCUGUUUUGGGGGUGGUGAAGCAAAUUUACGAUUUACUCAUGGUUGAAUGGAGUUUUACUUGGAUAGCGGACGCAAAUGUUUUCACAGGCGUAGCGAAUCUGUACUUUCUUUUAUUUUUUAUAAACAUAAAAAAUCUCAUAGUAUUUAUGUCUGCUUCGUCUCUUCCUCUCAUUUUAAAAUGAUAAAAAUAUCCACUUGAUGUUUUUAUCCCAUUUUUCGGCUUUGAAGCAGCUUCUCAGAGAUCUGGUGAUUCUAAUUAUGACUGCGAGUUUUUUACGAGCGUUUGUAAAAGGACUUCAUCUUCGGCCAGUACUCAGGUGGACGCGUUGCUUUUCACAAUAAUUUGCGUCGGACUGAGUCAGAGGGCCGCGAUGGCUACCAGUGCAAUAAAGGACAAUGGGAGUUGCGUGCCGCCGAAAGCCCAAUCAUUUCUCUGAUGAAUUCCUUUCGCCACGUUGAUGGUCCGUAGUAAGAAGGUUCAAGAAGCUCUCUCGCCCCCUUCCAUUCAUUUUUCGAUUGCCUUCAGUAUAGCGAGAAAAACGAAAGCGGAUAGCUUCUGCAAUAAUAGACUGGAAUAAUCUGUGAAAACCUGUUUUGAUCCCUCCAAGUUGAAAACAACCGAACUUUGAAACUUCUCCAACCCUUAAAGUUAUGAAAGUUAUGAAAGUUAUUUUUACUAUAGCAGAAAACUCAAUAACUAAAUUGAAUGGUCUGCCCAACUCUUGGAAGCACUUUUAAACAAAUUACCCGUUUUUGAACGAAGCUUCUCCAGUAAUACGUCCGAACCGGGAAUUAGCAGAAGGCUCUUCUUUUUUUUCUAGUUUUUUUUUUCGGAAGCAAAACUUUUUAUAUAUUUCGUUUUUUUUUAAAGUUUUCUUUAAAUGCUUUCGUGAAAGUUUACAUGGGGUGGGGACGUUAAAAACUCGCAUGGGAGUGCGCGUCAGUCACAUAGAGACCAUAGGGAACGCGGAGUGUGUCUCUGACUGCCUUGCAGCCUUUUGACCAAGAUAGUUAAUCAAUGUUAGAACUGAAAAAUAUUAUAAAAUCAUCGUCAGAAGAAAAUAUUAUUUUAUUAAGAAGCCGAAUUUUCCUCCCGCGAUGCAAAUGCUAAUUAUUCAGCGUUUUUUAUUCAAGAAUUGCCCAUUUCUAGAUUUUCCACUCGAUGAUCAUCUCCCGGUGCGCCCUCUAGCGCAUUCAACAUUUCACUGUGAAAACUCUCUGUCAGGCUUUUGCGUCGGGAUGGGCGGCCCUGGCGUUGAGCCUCAUUUUUUGCGAGGAAGCCUGCGCGAGCUUGCAAAAGACCAGGCUUGUAAUAAAAUGUUUAAGUUUGAUCAAAAAAUUACAUCCUUUCUUCAAAAUUUUCACCGAAAAAUUUUUUCACUAGUUACGUUCAAUAUGAGUGAAAAAGAAGAACCAAAAACGUGAAUAGACUAAAGGGCCGACCCUAGCACAAGUCUGCAAGAGCCCAUUAACGGUUUAACUUUUUUCUUAGUUUUAGUUCCAGUUUUCGGAAAGUAAUUCCCGAUUUUUUCGAUUUCCAAUUUUUUUCAAUAAACCCAUUUGCAAUGCUUCUCGAACUGAGAAUGGAAAAAUGGCCUCCAUCGAUUUGAAUUUCGCAGAUUGUUUGAAAGUUGUUGAUUUUGUCGUUUUUUUUUAUUCAUUAUUUUGUUAAUCCCCACAUUUAUACUGUUCAAAGAACGUGAAACUUUUAUCAUUUUCUAAAUCUGCCCAGUGCGUUCAGCAAAACUUUUUGGUGGUCGCUUGAAAAGUGCAGUAAGUAAGCGUUGUUCCGUUGUUUAGCGCCGUCCAACCUCAAAUAAUCUCAUGGAGAGUGAAGCGUCUGAAUUCUCCGAGAGCAAAAACCUCCGCCUUUUUCCGUUGAACUGCCCAUUAGGCUUUCCGAACACUUUUUUUUUGCAAUAACCUGUUCUUCUAAACGAAAAAUGUUGAAAGUUUGUUCAAUUUCAAGUUGAAUUCUGUAGAUUCGGAGAAUCAAAAAAUAAGUUUAUUUCUAAUUAUUUUCAAAUAAAAAGCAUACAUUUUUUUUUCAUAAAUUUCUGUCGGCUUUUUGCGGGUGACAAGGUAGUUCAGUCUGAUCAAAUUUUGAAUAUCAAGUGGUCGCUCAAGCUCCGCCCCUGAUAGGUUGAUAAACCAAUCAGAGAGAGAACGAGCCAUUCGCAGAUCGUCUUCGAUGAACAUCAUUGUAAUUGACAGAUCCACGAAAUCGUUCUACAUUAAGCUUUUAAAAUUUUCAAAAAUUGGGAAGAACACAAGCUUCUCAGGCAUUUAUUCUCACACGGAUGUGUGUGAAGUGAGCAUCGCAAAUCUGAUUCAAACUUUUGUGUUAGGUAGUCCUAAGUAUGAGUGUUCAAAAAAAAAAAGAAUUAUCCUUUUACCGCUGUAGGGUACUGAGUAAAGGGCGUGCAAAAAAAAGAACUAAGAACUGAUUUUCUUCGGAUUCCCAGUUUAUAAAACAACUACCAUGAUACUAUAUUAUGAGCAAAACCAGAAAAAUCUUUUUUCUCAAAAAGUAAAGAAGAAAAUCGGUUUCUUUUUUUUUACAUUUUGACAGGCUUUCACUCAGUUCCUUGUGGCACGUCGCCGAAAGUUCUUUUCGUUUUCGAGCACUUAUACCGAGGACUACCUCCUACGGAAGUUUGGAUCAGAUUUGUAUGUUUUUAUCUAGACAUUUCCCUUAUCAGAAAUGAUAAGUUGUGCAGACUGACAGCUCCAGAAUUUAUUUGGUACAUUGAAAAAGAAUUUUAGCGAGUUUUCAAAGAAAAAUAUGAAAGAAUCUUGUACCCUGUAUGCUUUUUUUCAGUGGUUUUCUGGCUUUGGUUCGUGAUUCCCUUUGUUUUCUUUUUCAUAUUUUCAUCAAUUGUUCGCAUUGUCAAAUUUGUUUGGUGAGUGCUUUUCCGUCUUAUCAUUAAAUUCACUGUUCAUCGUUUUUCUGAGCUGAAAAGGCCUGACUUGCAGGCUUUUCGUUUGUCGCCGAAGGUCAGCAUUGCAACUUGUCGAAUUUGAACGGAUGAUGCAAAACGUGGCUGGCGGUUCGUUCAUAGGCACUCCGCUGUCCCCAAACGAGCAAGUUCUGCGCGCAGUCUGUUGCUGGUUCGUUAUUUCACUGUAUUUUCAACUCCCAACGACGAGGUGGAAGAACUAUCUUGUAGAGCUUUUCAUUGCGAAUUGAACGGUCUACUCAGAAAAGCACAGACAUGAGUCAUUUUGAAGAAAAACAUGAUUUUAUUUUCCCGCCUUCUAAUUUUGAAAAAUUCUUUGGAUCAAUGUGCAAAAAACUGUUUACAGUAGCCUUGCGCGCGAUGUUGGGGACUUGCCAUUAGACUCGCAUUGUGUGAGAAAUAAUCGGAUAUCUGCUUCAAGUCAAGGGUUUCUUCUUUAAAAAAAAAACUUAGUCAAACAAAAAACACACACACACACCGAUAAAAAAGGAAACACAAAAUAUCGCUAUUCUUAUCGAAAUCUGUGUAAAACCAUAAUUUUUCACCAGAUUAGCAGUUUAUGAUCAAAAUUUGCAAGUUUUUUUUUUAUAAAUAUAAAGUUCUCAUGGCCAAGAGGACUCUGAAGACAACAGAAAAAAAGUUAAAUUUGAAAUAAACGAUGAAAAAGCUAAAAUCCGAGGAAUGGCGAAAAGGGUUGGCCGUAGAGCAACUUUGUUGCAAAACGCUCUUUCAGCGGGAAUUUAAACUUUUCUCUCCCCGACUUUGAAUUGUUUUUCUACAAAACUGGGAAGCCCUGUAAGUUUUUAAAUACAUCGUUCGACAGGCAAAAGAAAAGCUCAAAAAAUGGCAUAUUUUUCUACAACCCCAUUUUUUUUACUGCCCCUAUGCUUUUAAUGUUCACCAUUUCAUUGUUUGAAAAAUCAGAACUUUUUCGAUGGUUUUAUUUCAUCAUUAAUUGCCGCACUUCACUAGCAUUCUUUUGGCUUCAUUGAGACUUUUUUCGAAAUUUCAAAAGCCAAUUUUCUUUUACAAGAAAAAAAAAUACACAACUAAAAUUUACUCUAAUAGCUUUUUUUGGACGCUUAAUGCGGUUUAAUCAAUCAAAUCGAAUGAUAUUUCUUAUUGAGGAGAAAGUACUUUCCAGAAGCUGAGAAUAUUUUUCUACUCAAAGAUUCAAAGCUGUUGAAGAACUUGAGACUUACAUUAAGUAGAUAUUCUAUGUCAAUAGAAAGAAAACGGGAUCGGCUGGAAGGCCCGUUCAGAGAAAGAACGGAAUUCCGGGGUUUCUCUUUCGAAGGAUCCACUGUUCAAGGAGCAUCUAGCUAGUGUUUAUGUCGUGAUACGUGAUACUGAGAAACUUGAAAGUGUACGUUUUGAAGUUUUUCUUCAGGCUGUGGAUCACCAACAAUAGCUAUUUCUUUCGACCUUUCUUGGAAUUGAGAAGAAAAAUUCACUGCUUCUUUUUUUGUAACGAAGAAAAAUUUUUUUGAAUUUUUUUGAAAUAAUUUCUAACUUAAAAAGGGGAAGUUUUUCAAAAUUGAGAGAAAUUUUUUUCUGUUUCUGCUAACGAACUAUACAAAAUUUUCGAAUAUUCUUUGUUUAUUGAUUGCAUCAUUUUUUAUGGAGGAAAAUGAAUUUUCUAUACAGACCUUUGAAAUUGACCAACGCGAAUUUUCUUUCAACUGAAAAAUUGUGCCUCUUGGAAAUAUUACCGAAGGGAGAAGGAAUAUACAAAAUCUUUAAAAAAACUUUUUAAAUUGUUUUCAUUGAAGUUAUAGUUUGAAGCUAAAGUAUUAAAUAAUUUAUAUUCUUUGAAACACUUAUGAUGUAUGUUAUGUAGAUGUUCUUAUGAUAUAUCUGUUGUCCCGCGCCUUUGUAAACUAGUUUUUUAAAAUGUAAUUUCUCAUCUUUUUUGAUUCAAUCGUUCUCAGCUCACUUUUUCGCCUUCUUUCAACUAAUAAGACAUAGUUUUUUCUAAAUGUUUACCAGAAAGAAGAGUGUUUUGUUGAGCAGAGGCGAUUUGUUUUAGCGAAGACCGGACGGACGGCGCGGCGCUGCAGAGGACGACGGAGCUUCAACGUGUCGACCCACUGAUGCCGAUAAGGUUCACCGCGACUGGAGCCGUCCUCCACAGUCCUUCCUUUGCUCUCACCGCCACCACCUCCGGGAUCACCUCCGAGUUCUUCUGA